AUGCCGAGAUUUCAACCCUUUAGAGCCAACAGGGUGCCCGACCCCGAUAGAGCGACAGCUUUCAGGUAUGUUCAAGCGUAUUUCGAUCAUUCCUACGACGCUGUUUUUGGGGUUCUCCAUGGACCAAAGUUCAAGGCGCGUCUGGAAGCUCAGUUUGACAACCAAGGGGCUUCUCAGGUCGAGGAUCCGUCAUGGUUUGCCUUGCGGAAUGUCGUUUACGCAUUAGGCUGUCGUUGCAUGCUGGCGCCAGACGACAAUGUGUCUUUUGUUGAAGCAGAAGCCCAAGCAAAACCUUACUUCCAUAAUGCCUUGUCGGCCUUUGGUGAAAUCAUCUUUGGCCAUUCGGGCUUCACAGCAAUUCAGGCAUUAGUUCUAAUGACAUUCUAUGCCGAAGGACUGGGGAAUGCUGCUAUUGAGUUCCCCCUGUGCAGCAAUGCGGUGCAGCUCGCACAGGCCAGAGGUCUCCACCGAGCACCAUCGAAAUCCUGGGCCUUGUCCGAGUCAGAUUCGCUCAGCCGAAGCUGGCUGUGGUGGACAAUCUACUGUUUAGAGAAGCAGAUAGCAUUCAGAAGCGGCCGACCCUCACUUAUUGACGACAACAAUAUAAGUACUCCAAUCCCAACAAAGGCGCCUCCUGGCAGUUCAAUGGACGUCGGCAUAUUCACCUUGAUAAUCCAGAACGCCAGGAUCUCCGCCCAGGUUUCCAGUCGAAUCAUGUCUGUAAAGGCCUUUGGACAGUCCUCCACUCAGAUCAUAGAGACCAUUCACGACAUCCACAGUCAGCUGGAGAAGUUACUGGAAUCUAUUCCUCCAGAACUCAGAAUAGGGACAUCGGUCAGCACGCAUGAUUGCAUGUCUGCACAACGGCAGAUCCCUAUGAUGUACCUACACUGCGCCAUUUUCGGGAGCUUUAUGGCAACCCAUUCUAUUCUGUUCUAUCCCUGGAUAUCCGCACGCUUUGGCACCGACGCAGACCCCUCCUUCCAAGAACAGAUUACCGCCUCCUCGGAAAUUGUGGCAAAUGCAGCUCGACAAAUCAUCCUUAUGCUGCGCAAGUUGACGACGGACGCCGCAGUCCCUGCGUGGUUGGCGUUCUAUUUUCCCAUCUACGCCCAUAUCAAUCUUUUUGUUCAUACGCUCAUGUAUCCCACGGCACCGAAUGCAGUUGGUGACCUCGCACUCAUGGACAUCUGCGCUGGUCAUUUCGGCCAUGUCGAGCAUAUCACCGGGUCGGAAAUUGCUUUCCAUUUUCCACGAGAAUCUGCGGCUCUCUGUGCAAAAGCCGUCAAAGGUGUGAAAAGCACAGAUAGAGUCAAUCUGACGACAGUGCCUGCAACUCCUCAAGCUUCCGGUGCUACACUUGACUGCUCGAGACCAAAUGAAAGCGGGAGAGGAGAGGCCCUCGAGCCACUGGAACCUUGUGAAUUGGGGAACCCGUUCGACGCUCUAGAGUUCGAUAUGGAUUCGUGGAAUUUCUUCUCAUCGAUCGAUAUAACCGACAACUUUACACCUAAUCUCAUGGAAAUAGCCAGCGCUUUGUAA